CUAGUACAGCUACGGACUGAGAAAAUCGGAUUCAACGACUCCCUCUUCGGCCGAAGAAUACUAGAUGUCACCAGCCCGCGCUGCGACUGCGGAGCAAGUCGACAGACCGUCGCGCACAUCCUUCUCAAUUACAGCAAGCGCAGGAAUGUCCGGAACCGUGUCUUCACCAACCUGUCC